AUGGCGGACAAAGAGGCGCAUGCAGAGUUGGAGGACGCUCUGGGUCACAUCUCACUGGGUCACAUCUCACUGGAUCACAUGUCACUGGGUCACAUCUCACUGGGUCACAUCUCACUGGGUCACAUCUCACUGAGUCACAUGUCACUGGGUCACAUCUCACUGGGUCGUAUCAUGGGUCACAUCUCUCUGGGUCACAUCUCACUGGGUCGUAUCAUGGGUCACAUCUCUCUGGGUCACAUCUCACUGGGUCGUAUCAUGGGUCACAUCUCUCUGGGUCACAUCUCACUGGGUCACAUCAUGGGUCACAUCUCACUGGGUCGUAUCAUGGGUCACAUCUCUCUGGGUCACAUCUCACUGGGUCGUAUCAUGGGUCACAUCUCUCUGGGUCACAUCUCACUGGGUCGUAUCAUUGGUCACAUCUCUCUGGGUCACAUCUCACUGGGUCACAUCAUGGGUCACAUCUCACUGGGUCACAUCAUGGGUCACAUCUCUCUGGGUCACAUCUCACUGGAAAAAAGAAGUUUGGGCCAAGAUUUUGUGGAAAUGGAACGUUUAAAACAGGGCCGUUCCCAACAGACGGGGGGGGGGGGGGUCAUCCAGGCCAGAGCCGCCAAAGUGGACCAAAGCGGACCAGACAAGUGUGGAAGAUUUAGUGCUCUGCGUUUAGACUCAUCACGGGUUUGUCGGAGUCAGCAGCUGCAGACCGUUGUCCGCUGA